AUGUCUUUCGGCAAGCUAUACACAUACCCGAAAGCGCCUCGAUCAACGAUGGUGUUGUUCGUCGCCAAAUACAACAAACUCGACGUCGAAAUCUGCAACGCCUUCCCCAUCAAAGUGUAUCCCGAGAAGGGCGGCGUCGGCGAGGAGUACUUGUCCAAGUUCCACACCGGCAAGGUCCCAGCACUCGAGACGGCAGAUGGUUUUGCCGUGUAUGAGAGCAACGCUGUGGCUUGGUUCCUCGCGAAGCAAGAUCCCAACACAAAACUCUGCGGGACAGGGUUGAAGGAAGAGACGACGGUCCUCCGAUGGGCGUCUUUCACGAACUAUGAGCUCCUGCCACCCAUCAUGGCAUGGAUUCAGCCCAUUAUCGGAAGAGCACCCUCUAGCCCAGAAAUCUUGCAGAAAUGUGAGGAGGGUUGUGAGCUCACUAUCCGUGCCAUUGAGAAGGAGAUCAAGGGGAAGAAGUAUCUUGUCGGCGACACCUUGACUCUCGCGGAUCUGUUCGUCGUCUCGGGAUUGGCAAGAGGUUACCAAUAUGUUUUCACGAAGGACUGGGCGGAGAAGCACCCUAUCGUGCACGAGUAUUACAUGAGUAUCAGGAAUGACAAGGACGGUAUCUUCGACAGCAUUCUGGGCCCGAACGUCAUCCGAGAUGAGCCGGGCGGCACUUAUCCCGACUACGAUGGGUUGUGA